AUGGACGAUUCAUCCGCACCUUCUCAGCCCUCGUCGUCCUCAUCGUCUCCCACAAAUCAUCAUUCGGAUGCAAAGGGUGCGUUACAAAAAGACACUCAGUCUCAUGCUCUAGCCAGCUCCGGCGACGCUUCGGUCUCGCCAACCCAGGCUGCUCAUUCUUCCCCUUCGCUACAUCCCGAAGGCCAGCACCUAUUACCUGUAGAUACGCCGUCAAAUGCAUUGACUGACUCUUCCGACCGAUCCACCCUCCUCGCUCAAGCCCGUGCCUUCCUUACCUCGCCGCAAGUUCGCUCCUCUGAUUAUACAGCAAAACGAGCCUUCCUCGUCGAUAAAGGACUACGCAAUGAUGAGAUUGAUGUCCUACUGCGCGAAAUGCCGCUCCAGACACCAGCCAUCCCGCCGCGAACAUACCCCGCGCCGCUUCCUUCUGCCCUUCCCGGUCUUUUGCUUGGCGUGGCACGCGUAGCGAGCUGGGUCGCAGGAUGCAGUGUUGCCCUGCUCCUUGUUUAUUUUAGAUUCAUCUACCCACGCAUCGCACAAACUUUUCAUGCGCGUCUCUCCCUGCGUCGACACCAGACUGGGCUCCUCCAUCGGCUUACUGCGUCCCUCGAACAGCUCAAGGAAACGCGUGCAGAGACAGCAGCGGUGCUCCCUCGCCCGGAGCUGUUCCGUGAUGCGCGAUAUGGCCAAUGUCAGACUUUGGACGAUGUUCUCAGUGCCAGUACCGAUGUGAGCGAGAAUAAAGAGACAAGUAAAGACGAGGCAAGCGGGAGGAACGUGCCUCCUGAGACGCUCCUACGUUGUGCCAUUGCAGAUGUAGUGAAAACAGAACAGAAGCCAACAUCAGAGGCCAUUUUUGUACACCUAGAAGGCAAAAUGCCAUGGCUUAGGGAGGAGGAUGGGUUGUCAUUCCAGGAGCUCCUUUGGAAAACGCUCUCUACGAGCUCAUUGUUCCGUCAAGAGGAAAUAGACGGAAUAUCCACCUGGUCAUACGUCGAACCUGUACUCCCUCCAUUCCCACCACUGUUAAUAUCGCUGCACAAGCUGAAGCACGCCUUCCCCGAGCAUCCCGCACAGGUCCCUAUGGGUGGCCGUUUCCAACACACGCUGCAGGCGAUGUCGGAUUUGACAGGAUACAUGUCCGCGCAGGCAUUUUCGUCAGUGCGAAGCGCGUUCCAGGGAGAUUCGCAGGCGGAGGAGAUCAAGCGGGAGAUCAGGUCGUUGAAAUCACUGGUGCUGAAUAGGCGAGUCUGA